CUGCGGCUCUAACACAGAAACAGAUUAUUUUUGGGACCCGCCCCAUGAGGGGAGAUCUACGUGUUGCUUCUCUUCCACAUCGAGCAUCGACCCGACCGGCCAGUCUCUUCAUCCCAUUGGGGUAAACAAGAAAGUUUAACCGAGAUGUCUUGUUUUCAUAAACGGCCAAAAAGGACAAAAUCCGAGGAACUAGCAUUUUUGGAACACCUGAAAAAAGUUGCGAAGGAGAACGGAAAACGCCUCGGUUUGGAGGGAGAUUCAGAUCUCCAGUUCUUGUUGUUGGGAGGAAAACUGGUCAAGGUUCGCUCAAAAUCCUGGAAGCAUGGCCGCUACUUCAAACUGGAGGAAGACUGCCAGACCUUUUCACAUGAGUCGAAGAAAGCAUUCAAGCAAAACCACACCUUCUCCAUUGAUGACAUUGAAUCGGUUCGAAAGGGCCGCCAGUCUGAGGGCCUUAAAAAAUACACUGAUGCCAGCGUUGAAGACCUCUGCUUCUCCAUCAUGUUCAAGGGGCGCAAGAAGAAUCUCGACCUGAUGGCAGAAUCUCCGGAAGAUGUAAAUAAGUGGGUCAGCAGCCUGGAGAAGGUCAUCAACAACAUGCACAACCUCAGUAACCAGAAGAAGAGCGAACACUGGAUAUUCAGCUGCAUACGUAAGGCUGACAAGAAUGGCGACAACAUGAUGACGCUAAAGGAGGUGAAACACUUCUUGAGGCAGAUCAAUGUUGAAGUUGAUGAUUCUUACGCAGCUGAGCUUUUCAAGAAAUGUGACACAUCCAAUUCAGGCACCCUGGAAGGCGAAGAGAUCAAGCAAUUCUACUAUACGCUGACACACCGAGAGGAGAUCAAUGUCAUUUAUGGGAAAUAUGCUCAAACAGAGGGUCAGAUGAGCGACAGAGACCUGCUGAACUUUCUGCUGAACGAACAGCGGGAGCAGGCGACUGCAGAGGACGCCCACAGGCUGAUUGAGAAAUAUGAAGUAGAUGAAACAGCAAAGCAGAACAAUUGCAUGACCAAAGAUGGCUUCCUGAUGUACCUGCAGCAGGACGAUGGCUGUAUUUUGAACCCAGCCCACAGAUCUGUGUAUCAGGACAUGAACCAGCCCCUCAACCAUUACUACAUCUCCUCCUCACACAACACAUACCUGAUGGCAGACCAACUCAAAGGGCCAAGCAGCACAGAAGCCUACAUAAAAGCGCUGCUGAAGAGUUGCCGAUGCGUGGAGCUAGACUGUUGGGACGGGGCUAAUGGAGAACCUGUUAUUUACCAUGGCCAUACACUCACAUCCAAAGUGCUCUUCAAAGAUGUUAUCAAAGCCAUCAAAGACUACGCCUUCAAAACUUCCCAGUACCCAGUGAUUCUGUCUCUAGAGAACCAUUGUUCAGUUGAGCAACAGAAGCUUAUGGCCCGUCAUUUGGUCUUCUUCCUGGGUGACGCUCUGGUCAAAAAGCCUCUGGGUGACACCAUGCCAACUAACUUCCCAUCACCUGAGGCACUUAAGGGAAAGUUCCUCAUCAAGGGAAAACGACUGAACAAACUGGAUUCGAUCUUCACCAAUAACAACGUGAUAGAGGAUGGCACCGUGUCUGAGGAGGAUGAAGCUGCAGAGUGUAAGGAGAAUAGCCAGAAAGAAAAACCAAAGAAAUCAAAGAUCAAACUCGACAAAGAGCUCUCAGACAUCGUCAUCUACUGUAAGAGCGUGCACUUUAACAGCUUUGAACACUCCAGAGAAAACCAGGCCUUCUAUGAAAUGUCGUCCUUCAAGGAGAGUAAAGCAUUCAACCUGGCUGAGACCUCGGCUACUGCCUUCAUGCACCACAACAUGGACAAACUCAGCAGGAUCUACCCUGCUGGCUCCAGAACCGACUCCUCCAACUAUAAUCCGGUGCCCAUGUGGAACGUUGGCUGCCAGAUAGUGGCAUUGAACUUCCAGACUAACUCCAAGGAGAUGCACUUAAACCAGGGACGGUUUCUGCCGAAUGGCUUCUGUGGCUACAUCCUGAAACCUGAAUUUCAGAGAAGCCUGUCCUCUCAGUUUAACCCCAACACACUUACCGAAGGGUCGUGGCUGAAGAAGAAGAUCUUUCAUGUCAUGGUGAUCUCAGCUCAGCAGUUACCUAAAAUCAACAAGGAAAAGCAAAAAUCCAUUGUAGACCCUCUGGUGAAGGUGGAGAUCCACGGUGUCCGGGCAGACAAUGCCAGCAAGGAGACAGAUCACAUUGAAAAUAAUGGAUUCAACCCUAUGUGGAAUAAGAAAUUCCAGUUUGACAUCAGUGUGCCAGAGCUGGCCUUGGUGCGAUUUCUGUUGGAGGACCACGACACGGCAUCGCAGAACGAUUUUAUCGGGCAGUACUGUCUGCCACUCACCAGCGUACAGAACGGAUAUCGCCAUGUCCCGGUGCUCAACAAGAGAGGGGACAUCAUCUCUUCUGCCAGUCUGUUUGUGCACCUCAUGCUCCUGGAUGCCCCGUAGGCCUGUUUGCGAAAAGAAAACCAAUCAAACUUCACGUCUUUUGUAAACUCUAAUGGAAUUUAAAGCCCAGAUUUUAAAGCUAAAUAACUUGACUCUAGUUUUCGUUUUGUUUUUUUACAUACCACAGCUGCUGACUCACAAGUGUCUGACACUUUUAGGUCAUUGUAUAAUUUUAGCUUUUUAAAAGCCGGUUUGGUGGAGAGCCUUUAAAGUGACAAAGAAAGAAUGAAGUGAAUGAGAGGAAAAGUAGCCAACUAUAUUUACCAUUCUCUGGAGAAGUUUAAUAAUUAAUGUGCAUUAUUAUGUGGGUUUUGUGUGAAUCCCAUCUUAAAUAUACUGACAGUAGCAUAAUUUUUCUAGAUUCUCAGCAGCUUUACGGGAUAGUCUUUUAAAACUUGAUUUAAACUGUCCAUCUUGAUGCCAUAAGAGUGAUAAUGACAAGGCUGAUAGCAAGUCUGCUAUCAAAAAUGUUUUGUUUACUGACAUAGUAUGUCUGUGUGCUUCUGUCCUUUCAUUAUGAAUGCAUUAUGAAUGCUCCCAGCAUUGUAUAUAGAAGAUUUUUAAGAUGGUGCCUGAAACAAGUUCUAAUAUUUUGUGUCAUGGUUUAUUUGUGUCUUCCAUUGCUCUACAGCAUUUUUACAGUUCACACAUUUUUGCACUAGCUCUUGAAUUAAACCACUCCCCGGAUCCCUGGUCAA